AUGGAACUAAAGAAGAAAAUCUCAACUACAAAUACAAAGACUAUAAAGGCCCCAGGCAGCUCCAUUGAGAGAGUUGCGCAAGCCUGUGAUCGCUGUAGAGCGAAGAAAACCAAAUGUGAUGGAAAAAAGCCUGCUUGUUCCAGUUGUGCUACAAUCGGAAUAAAAUGCAUUGUGUCUGACAAGUUGUCGAGAAGAGCAUUCCCAAAAGGAUACACAGAAACGCUUGAAGAGCGUAUACGCCAACUCGAAGCCGAAAAUAAGAGGUUGGUAGGACUCGUUGACUUAAGAGACGAACAAUUAGAGUUACUAAAUGGCAAUAAACUUAAUGAUUCAUUAACAUCGACAAAUCUUUCACUUCUACAGAACAAACUCCAUGAAGAUGGAUGUCCCUGUGGCUGUGAAAAUCACCCCCAUUCACUACAUGAGAGGCCCGUUUCAAUAGCUGGUUCAGUUCAUGAAGGUAGUAGAGACUUGGCCAGCUCUGUGAAUCUUAGUGACGAUAAUGAUAGUCUACUUAGUUUUGACGAUAUUCUGCUGGUCGACUCAUCGUUUCAUCCUAUCAAUUCAAACGAAGUUAGACCUGCGCCGGGUGCAUUUGCCGCAGCCACAGCCAUUGCUAAAAUGCAAAGUAAACAUGAAUUUGAAAAUAAACAACAAAUGUUAACUUCAUUGGUUGCGAUAUCUUUACCACGUCUGACGGAAGAAACUUUAUUUAUUCCAACAUUGUUGGCAAAGAUUUGUCAAGUGUAUGGCUAUAAUUCUAAACCUGCAGUUUUAACUGCAAAUUCCAUCGCUUUGCUUAAAGAAAGUCCACCGCGGCCAAAGGAUUAUUCGGAUUCUGACGUAUUGAAUAAACUUAUAAUGAACCGCGAUGAUGUCACAAGAUUAGAUGAUGCCGAAGCAAUAUAUUUUAUAAAGAACUUGAUUGGCAUGCCAGACUCAAGGAUUGAUUUAGAUCAUUUGACCACCGUUUACUUUCAAGAAUGGGGGAAUAUAUUACCUGUGUUACAUAAGGAUACUUUCUUGAAAAAUUAUGUUAAUUUGACGAAUAUUUUAGAGCUGGGUCAUUUAAUUCCAGAAUAUGAGCCUAUAAGUUCGUAUGAACUGAUUGAAAAAUUUAGUGCUAUCAUAAUUUUGAUUUUGAGUUUGGCGUUGCUUUCGUCUUCAGGCUCUGAUUCCUAUUCAUCUAACCUCCUUUCAAGUAAAUCUAAAGAGCUUGAGUAUUAUGAUUAUCUUAUUCAUGAGUUUAUAAAGCCUCACUGCAUUAUCACGAGGCAUUGUUCAAUACAAUCAUUACAAAUUUUGGCCCUAGCCUUGCAAUAUUGUCUAGCAAUUGGAGACUUAACGACCUGUUAUGAGUUACGAGGAAGAACUAUUACCAUGGCGCAGCAACUAAGACUUCAUCGUUGUCCUGCUGCGGUCUUGGGAAUAAGUGGAAAUAAUAUGGAAAAUGCCAAUUUAAGAAAUUUAAUGCAGGGUGAAAGGCGUAUUUUAUUCUGGUGUAUUUAUUGUCUUGACAUUUAUUCAUCCUUAAACUUGGGUGUUCCUAGAUUAUUGAAAGAUUUUGAGGUGGAAUGUGCUAUGCCUUUUGCUGGAAACAAAGAUGAUGACGAUAUAAAUGAAAAUAUUUUAGUCGUGAAUAACACGAAGCUUUCCAUUGUUGGCAAGGUUUCAAAGUUUUCGUUGAGCUUCAUGCUUUAUUGUAAGGUUUUAGGUGAAAUAUUGGACUCAAUUUUCUCUAGAUUUGAGGAUACAAAUUUUCACAAGAAGGCAUUAAAUAGAGAUCAGAUGCUUGAUUGUUGGAGAAGAGAACUUUCGAGCGAUUUGAAAUUUGAAAUCGACGUUAAUGGCUUUACUACAAAAACUUUGACAGACUUAGAAUCUUACAACAAAUAUCAAUUAACGUUUAUGUUCCUCUAUUAUCAUGCUAAGAUAUUGAUAUAUCUACCUAUUAUUUCAAAAUAUGGUAAUCACCAUGAUGUUGGACUCUCGCAGAAGGAACGGUUAACGAAAGGUGAUGAGGAAAUGUCAAACAUCGUGACAAGUAUAAGUAUGAUACAGCAAUCGUCCAUCCAAAUAUUAGAAUGUCUUAAAUGUUUGCUGAAAGGUCUGCACACAUUAUCGGUUCCUUUGAAUGUUUCGAGAGAGAUGGCAAGAUUCUCUCUUUUAGUCGCACAAGGGAGUUUAGAUUAUAUUAGAGGAGGUCCAUUGUUCCAAAAUCUGAAGCAAUUACUAUUGGAGACUAUAUCUCUUUUAAUCAAAGAUUCGGAUUCUAACAUUCCUAACAAAUUAACUAGAAGCUCAGUUAAGUUAUUGGAAAUGGCAAUCUUAAGUAUACUAGGCUUGAAUACGAAUAAAGGCUCGCUCAAAAAGAAGCCCACCAACCCACAACAACCUAUCACAAAAACUGCAGUUGCAAGAGAACCAAAUCAAAGACGACCUAUAGGCAAAUCCAAACUCAAUGAUGACUCCUUGCCAAUCGACCUCUCGGUCCUUGAAAACGAGUUAUAUGAUGAAAAUGAAAAUUUGGAAGAUAUCUUGAUGUUUGACCCUUUCAAAGUUGAUUUAAGUCGUAAAGUCAUGAACGAUGAGUUUGUCACCGAUGGCUCCUUAGGGUUGGUUCCUUUCUUAGAUGGGAAUGGUCUCUUGAGCUACUCUGAAGUGCCUCACGCUGAGGACAUCACUCAGUCAUAUUGA